UAGAGGCAGAGGAAUGGUGCAAACAUCUUUGCAUGGAGUGUCUAGGAGCCAGGCUCAAUGAUAUAAGUCUUGGGGAACCAGAUUUGCUUGCUGCUGGAGUCCAGAGGGAACAAAAUGAACGAUUCAAUGUUUAUCUUAUGCCUACACCAAAUUUAGAUAUCUAUGGGGAAUGUACAAUGCAGAUCACACAUGAAAACAUCUAUCUCUGGGACAUCCACAAUGCCAAGGUCAAGCUGGUCAUGUGGCCUCUGAGCUCUUUGAGGAGAUAUGGACGUGACUCAACGUGGUUUACAUUUGAAUCUGGAAGGAUGUGUGACACAGGAGAAGGGCUGUUCACCUUUCAAACACGAGAAGGAGAAAUGAUAUAUCAGAAAGUCCAUUCUGCAACACUGGCAAUAGCAGAGCAACACGAAAGAUUAAUGAUGGAAAUGGAGCAGAAGGCAAGGCUCCAGACCAGUCUGUCUGAACCAAUGACUUUAUCCAAGUCGAUCUCACUUCCUCGUAGUGCAUAUUGGCAUCACAUCACCCGGCAGAACAGCGUUGGAGAAAUCUACAGUUUACAAGGUCACGGCCUCAGCUCAGCAAAGGUGUCCCGUGCGCAGACGUUUCCCAGCUACCCGUCGGAGCAGGGCGAGGAGCACCAGCAGUCCCUCUCGCUGGCCAGCAGCUACACCUUCAGCUAUGGUUCUGGGCUGGUGCAAUGA